UUUCUUCACAUUCCCUAGCACCUUGCUCAUUUGCACUGUGUUCAAUCCCUCUGCUUAAUUAUAUUGAGUUCUCACACUUUCAAGCCACACUUACUUUAAUCUGUUCUUUUUUGAAUCUCUCAAUCUCUCUGCAAACCAGAUCUUUGUCUUUCUUAUAACUUGCUGUUAGCUCUGACAUAUUUAUAUAUACAUAUUCUCGAUCUGCUUCACCAGCUUUAUAAGGUUGUCAUUUUCACUCUCACAGUAUGCGGGGUCCAGCAAGGCAAGUGAAGGUCGAGUUUCUGAAAAGAUGGGCUAGAGGACUCCAAAUAUACAGAAACAGAAAGAAGAACAUGAGCUUAAUUGAGACAAAGAAUGCCAUCAAGCUCUCCGCAGAUGUUGCCAUGGCUUCCACAAAACUCCACACAUCUCAAUGGAGCCGUGCCCUAAUUUCCUCCGCAUCGUCGUCGAACGAUACGAACAAUACCGUUGUCCACCAUAUCUUAGGCACUGACAAGGCUGAUCAUGUCAAGCAUUAUUCAGAAAACUUGAAAAAAAGUUCUUCAAGGAUCUGCACUGUGAAUAGCAAGAACAUGGUUCGUAGUAAGAAGGUAUUGAGAAAGAGUUGUGCUUUGGUUAGAGCCCGGAAAGCCGGGGUUCCUCAUAGAGUAUUGGCUGCGACAAUUGCGAGGAGGAUUGUGAAGAGGACUCAAGUGCUGAAAAGUUUGGUGCCUGGAGGAAAAUCAAUGGAUGAUGUUUCGAUUCUGAAAGAGGCUCUCGACUAUAUUCUUUCACUUCAGGUUCAAGUUAACAUAAUGCGGCGUGUUGUGGAGAUGAGUGAGCUAGCUUAAUUAAUUAACUAAUAUCCUGAAUAUAUUAAUUAAUUUAAGUUUUUAAUAAGUUUUUUUACUAGUUAACUUGUCUCACAACUGUGGGAUGGAUGAAAGAUCCGGUGAAGAAGCUGAGGUCGUUUAUACGCACGUACUUUAAAGUCUCGAGUAUUUGUACAGAAAAUAAUAUAUAAAGUAUGAUCUUUAAGUUAUGAUAA